UUCAGUAUUUUGAAUUCCAAAAAGAGUCCGCUCUACUCCCUUUUUAAACUCUCUUUCCUUCUCUCUCCAAAAACACACACUCACACAAACCUCACUCACUCAAAGCGUCAAAAAUUGAGAGAGAGAGAGAGAGAGAGAUGGCAAGCAACAUCGGCAUGAUGGAUUCGGCUUAUUUCGUAGGCAGAUCUGAGAUCCUCUGUUGGAUUAACUCCACUCUUCAACUCAAUCUCUCCAAAGUCGAAGAAGCAUGCUCUGGUGCGGUGCACUGUCAGUUAAUGGAUUCGGUUCAUCCAGGAAUGGUGCCGAUGCACAAAGUCAAUUUCGACGCCAAAAACGAGUACGAAAUGAUUCAAAACUAUAAGGUCCUUCAAGAUGUGUUUAACAAGCUGAAGAUCACUAAGCAUAUAGAGGUGAGUAAGCUGGUGAAAGGCAGGCCGCUUGAUAACUUGGAGUUUAUGCAGUGGAUGAAGCGAUAUUGUGAUUCUGUCAACGGAGGACUUGUCAAUUACAAUCCACUGGAAAGGAGAGAAGCUUGCAAGGGAGGGAAAGAAGCAAGCAAGAAAUGUCCACAGUCUCAAGCUUCAAGCAAGGGAUCCACAGCUGCUCCCAAAGUUCAGUCCUCUCACAAUGCUCGAAGGAAUGAUGUGUCCUCUUCAAAUCAAUCUGUGAAGGCUUCUAAACCUUCUUGUCCAGUGCCUGCAUAUGAUGAACAGAUCACCGAGUUGAAGUUGUCAGUGGAUAGCCUUGAGAAGGAGAGGGACUUCUACUUUGCAAAGCUGAGAGAUAUUGAGAUUUUGUGUCAGAGCCCUGGGAUUGAAAACCUACCAGUUGUUGCAGCGAUGAAGAGAAUCCUUUAUUCUACUGACGAUGAUGCAUCAGUAUUGGCAGAAGCUCAAGCCAUGGUGUCACUUCACCAGAAGGAAGCAGAGUACUUGAGUCCCAUUGCUGAGGUAUCAACAGAGGAAAAGGAGAAUUCCGAUCCUCAAAAGAGAAAGAACAUUGUCAAUCUUGGUGUUGAUGCUGUAGGCAUCUCAACAUUGUCACCGAGGCAAAGGCUUUCUGAUGCUACAGAUGUCCGUUGUAGUGGGUCACCCCUCAUGACAUACUGAUUUUUGACUCUGUAUUCUUAAAAUUCAUCUUCUGCCAUAAUGUUUCCAUCUUCAAACGUAUGUAGCUACAGUCCUAAAUCUACUGCAUUUUCAGUCCUUUUAGCUUACCUACAGUCCUGAUGUUAUACAUGUAGAUGUACGUGUAUAGCUCAGGAAGUAAUAGCAAACAAUCGAUUUCAACAGCUUAUACUUGUUUUGAGAGUAUGAGUUUUGCUUGUGCUGUGACUUGAAAGAAAUAGCUAUCAUAUUUUCCUUUCCCCUUUC